AUGGACGGCAAAGACAACGGCGUGAGCCACAUUCCCGACAAGGAAGUGGCCUACCCUGCCGAGAAAGAAGCUGUUUACGACCCAGCCACCGAGAAGCAGAUCAACGAAAAGUACGAGCCUGCCGCCGAGCACAUCGCUGAUGCUGGCGCCCGUCGCGAAUCCGUCGCGCACAACAUCGUUGAGAACCCUCUGACGCGUCAGACCAAGGCCGAAUGUGUCAGCUCCGCUGAGCGAUGGGCUGUCACACAUGGCAUGGAGGAGCACUCUGCUCUCUUCGGAAAAGCUGCUCUCAUUGCGCGUGACCCUGACCGCUUCGAGAUGCUCACCGACCUCACUCAAGAGGAGCGCGAUGCCCUCAUCUACGAGCGCGACCACAAGUGGCACGGCCCCAAGAUGUUGUGGUACUCGAUUGGCCUGUGUGCUAUUGGAGCCGCCACUCAGGGUUGGGACCAGACUGGAUCCAACGGAGCCAAUUUGUCCUUCCCCCAAGAAUUUGGUCUCACUGAGGGUGACAGGAGUGAAUGGAUUGUUGGUCUCAUCAACUCCAUCAUCUUCUUGACUGCUGGUCUCAUCGGCGCUUUCAUCGUCGACCCUCUCAACAAGUACCUUGGUCGCCGUGGAGAGAUUUUUGUCACUGCUGUCUGCCUUACUGCUACUCCCAUCGGUUCCGCGUGUGCGCAAUCAUGGGAAGGACUAUUCGCUGCACGCUUCAUCAUGGGUAUUGGAAUUGGCGCAAAGAAUGCUACUGUCCCAAUUUAUUCUGCUGAGAUGGCUCCUCACCGUGUUCGAGGUGCCCUGGUCAUGUUCUGGCAGUUGUGGGUCGUCAUUGGUAUCUUCCUCGGUUUCUGCGCCAAUGUCAUCGUCAAAGACACUGGCAGAAUUUCGUGGCGUCUGCAGCUUGGUUCAGCCUUCAUUCCGUCUUUCAUCCUUAUGGUCGGCAUCUUCUUUUGCCCAGAAUCCCCUCGUUGGUUGAUGAAGCAUGGCAAGGUCGCCAAGGGCUUUCAAUCCAUGGAUAAACUCCGUGCACACCCCAUCAUCGCCGCUCGCGACUACUACUACUCGUACGUUAUUUACGAGACUGAGCUGGCUGUUGCACGUGGAGCUGGCUACUUCGACCGCAUGUGGGACUGCUUCCGUGUGCCCAGAAUCAGGCGUGCCAACUACGCUGCUUCCACUGUCAUGAUUGCCCAGCAGAUGUGCGGAAUCAACAUUAUCUCGUUCUACAGUUCGACCAUCUUUACCCAAGCCGGUUACACCUCCGACCAGGCUUUGUACGCUUCGCUGGGUUACGGAGCUGUACAGGUGGUUUUCACGAUUCCCACUCUGUUCCUCAUUGACACCAAGGGUCGAAGGACCCUUUGCAUGUGGACCUUCCCCGUCAUGUGCAUAUUCCUGUUGGCCGCUGGUUUGACCCUGCUUCAGCCAGAAACUGCUAGCCAAGCUGCUCGCGUUGGGCCAGUUGUAUUAUUCAUUUAUCUCUUCACUAUCGCGUACUCCUUGGGAGAAGGGCCAGUUGCGUUCCAGUACUCCGCCGAGGUUUUCCCUACCAUUCAGCGUGAGCAGGGAAUGGCCUGGGCCGUCUGUAUCAACAACACCUUCGCUGGUGUCCUAUCGCUCACCUUCCCUCGUAUGGUUUCAGUCAUGUCACAGACUGGUGCUUUUGGAUUCUACGCUGGUCUCAACCUGAUCGCCUGGGUAAUGAUCUUCUGUUUCGUCCGCGAAACCAAGCAGCUUACGCUGGAAGAACUGGACCAGGUAUUCAGCGUGCCGACCAAGACGUUCCUUCAUUACGAGAUUACGGAGUCAGUCCCCUACUUUGUCAACCACACGAUGCUUCGCCGGAACGUGCCCAAGCCACCCCCAAUCAUCGAGAAGGGUUACGGUGCUGGUGCGGUUCCUACUGUUUAA